AUGUCGAAUGCACCAAAGAGAUCAUCUGCGAUCGGGGAGAGGGAUUUUGAGAUGGAUCAAAUGGCUGAGGCUGAACUUCAGCGAUUACAGAGACAGAAACGCGUGAUGGAAAAUGAGAGGGUGACAUUUAACGAGGAGCGUAUGAAGAAAUCCCGGCAGCAGAAGAAGAUAAUUGAGAUUUUGCGUCGUGAGCAGGAACAAUUGCAAGAGGAGCUAAAUUCAAUUCUCAUGGGUCCGCAUGCAAAGCGUGAAAGUGAAUUGGAGCAGGAGAUGAAGCGUCUUGAGGCGGAGAUUGAGAAUAACACGCAACUACUGGAUACUGAAAAGGGCAACUUGUGGGAGUUGGAUGGCCACAUACGGAAGCUACAGAAGGAAAUUGAUCGCCUACGGAGUAAUCAAAUAACCGAUCAGCGGUACAAUGAGAAGAUUUGCAAGAUGCAGAAGGAUGUGGUGAAGCUGGAGAAUCGCCUUGAGGUGGCACACAAGAGAGCGGGAGCUGUUAUGGCAGAAAAUGCGGAAUUGCGUCAGAUGAUUGAUCAUAUGUUGCAGGAAAGAGCCUUAUUUAACGAUGUCUGGGCCAAGAUGGUGACGCAACUCAAUCAAGGAAAAAAACAUAUGAUGGAACUCAUUGAUCAAUCCACAGCGGCGUACGAUCAGCGUGAUGAGCUGUGCAAUAAGCUACAAUUGCUCAAAGAUCGCAGCCAGGCGGACAAGAUGGCUCACAUUCAGGAGAUGCGUGAGUUGCAGCGAAAACUUGAUCAUGAUGCCAAAUUGCACCAAUUUCUCGGCAUCAAGGGUCAACAUAGGGUCAAUACGGAACUUGACAUGAGAGAGGCAAAUAAGAAGCGCCAGUUGCAGGAGCAGCUGGAGAAUCAACUUGAGGAAUACAACACAAUUCUCAAUCGAAUCCGGGCUUUCUCAACCGAGGAAGACAUCGACAAAUUAGCUUCGCAAUUUGUGAAGCAAGAAGAGGAGAAUUUUGCCUUAUUCAACUACGUCAAUGAACUGAGCCACGAAGUUGAGACCCUCAAUGAGUCUGUCCAGCGUCUUCAAGACAGCAUUGAGGAGCAGAGGGGACUCAAUGAAAGUAAGAAAAAGUCUCAGAUGGACACAAUUGAGUCAUUGGAAAAAGAGUUGGAGCUACAGACCGAGAAGGCGGAUCGUGCCAAUGAAAUUAAAGUCACGUGCGAUGAUAAGCUUAAUGAACUACUCACCGGUGUUGAGAAGAUUUUCCGGCUCAUCCGUUGUGACGAUGCACCCGUUCUCAAUCUCCUUGGGAUCCACAAGAAGGUCACCAUUAACAAUGUCCAAUUAUUUUUGGGUAUCAUUGAGAAGAAGACUAAUCAGAUGAUUGCCACCAUAACGUACGUUGAACCCCCAUCGAAGAUUCUUGCCAAGAAGGACCGAAUUCCCAAAUUCAAUGUACGCGAAUCUGCAAAGGGUCACAGGUCCCAACAAAAAUAAUAAAGAAAUACAAAAUUAGUUUCAAAUAAAA